AAAUCUAAUUGCAAGAAUCUUUAAUGAAUCAUAUUCAAAACAUGAUAUAAUUGAAUUUAAUGAAGAAAAUCCUGUUGGAAUUGAUACUAAUACUAAUAAUCUAGAUCUAAUUUUGUUUAAAAAAU